AUGAAUCAGAUGCCAAUCCAAACCGUACAAACAGAAGAACAUCAAAACCAAUAUAGUUUGCUGCAACAACUGCAGACGGGUAGAAAGAAAAAGAAAUUAUCAAAUUCAACAACAGCAGAUCAGAAAUUGGAUUUUAUCAAGGCUGAGGAGCAUAAACCUAUUGAUGACACCGUUGAUUCUUUUCUGUCCCAUGAUGAUGAUAGUGUUGAUAAUACAAACACUCCUUUCAAGAUUUUAAAGCGCCGUUCUAACAGGCCCAAUAAAACUGAACAUAAAGGCUUCACAUUUGGGGAGGUUAGUUGCCUCCACUCAUUCAAAAGCAAAGUCUUGAGCUGCCAUUUUUCAUCAGAUGGGAAGUUUCUAGCUAGUGCGGGGCAUGAAAAAAAGGUGUUGAUAUGGAAUAUGGAAACCCUUGAUUUUGUUAAAACUUCGGAGGACCAUUCUCUUCUCAUUACGGAUGUUCGUUUUAGACCAUGUUCAACCAUAUUUGCAACAUCUUCAUUUGACAAAACUGUCCAAAUAUGGGAUUCUGCCAAACCAAGCAAAUCACUUUUCAAGCUUGUGGGGCAUGCUGAACAGGUUUUAUCAUUGGAUUUCCACCCUGGAAAGGUGGAUCUCCUUUGUUCCUGUGAUAGUAAUAAUGAGAUGCGAUUAUGGAAUAUCAACCAACGUGCUUGCAUUCAUGUCUCUAAGGCAGCUACUAAGCAAGUCCGAUUCCAGCCUCGACUAGGCAUGUUACUUGCAACAGCUUCAGGAAAUGUUGUCAAUGUAAUCGAUGUUGAGACUAACAAGCCUCAAUCCUGUUUGAAGGGGCAUAACAAAGAGGUUCUUUCAAUUUGCUGGGAUCCAUGUGGCAAGUAUAUAGCCUCCAUCAGUGAAGACAGUGCACGCGUGUGGUCAGUAUCUGGAGGAGAAUGCUUGCAUGAAUUGCGCUCAACAGGCAACAAGUUCCAGUCCUGUACAUUUCAUCCAGCAUACUCGCAAUUCUUGGUCAUUGGUGGCUACCAGUGUCUUGAAUUAUGGAAUCCAAAUGAGAGCAACAAAACAUUGGCAAUUGACGCACACAGGGGACUUAUUCUUCACUGGCAGAUUGUCUACACACUGAAAUGA